AUGGCAGACCAAGUUCAGGAUUUAUUGACUAGGCUUUCCUUGGAGUUAAGUGUUACAGAACCUGCCAAAUUGAAAGAACACAUGGCGUAUCUACAAAGACGAGCCGCGCGCCUGGGAUGUUACUAUGAGCGUUUCCCAAAAUAUCCCGCAAUCCCGGAUCAGAUCGAGCACACCGAAGCAUUCAUCGACUUGUUGAGUGACUUGAGAACUCGGGGUGGAAACAAGAAAGACAUCGCGGAGCUACAGCGUGAACUUCGCGCGCAAAUGCGCAAGGAUGAUUAUGGUGGGUCAGAGGUCUUGUACCGCAGGUCUCUAGCCCGUAGAAUCCAACGCGUGAUUGAUGCUACGAUGUCUGCUCUUAGGACUGAUAUUUCUGAGUGGGAAGAUAUGAAGAAGGCGAUGGCAAAGGAGUCAAGGAAUCCUGCCAAGUCUAUCAAGACGGUUAGCGAAGACUAG